AUGGAAUCAGAAGUUACUGUGAACAGGACUGAGACUGUGACUCACAUCCAUCCCUGCUAUGUGAGAGACGACUUCAGUUACACCCUUUCAAACAAUCCUUCCGUUAUAUGCGUGCUGUUAUAUGCUUUUCUUGCAUUACUGUCUGUUGUCACAGUGAGCGGAAACCUCCUGGUGAUCAUCUCCAUCAUGUACUUCAGGCAGCUGCACACUCCCACUAACUCCCUCAUCCUGUCUCUGGCUGUGGCCGACCUGCUAGUUGGGAUUGUAGUUUUUCCUCUCAGCAUGGCGUUCUCUUUCAGCUCCUGUUUGCAUCACCAGGGUUUACUCUGCAAAGUGCGAAGCAGCUUUGAUAUCUCACUGAGCACUUGUUCUAUCCUGAACCUCUGCUGCAUUUCUGUGGACAGAUACUAUGCGGUGUGUCAGCCUCUGACCUACGGAGCUAAAAUCAGCCCUCGUGUUGUUGUGAACAUGAUCCUGGUGAUCUGGGGGUUUUCUGCUCUAAUCGGAAUUGGUGUCACAAUUCCUGGAACAAGCAAUGAAAAGUGUGAGGAAAAGUGUUUUAUUGAAGUUCUCAUGGCAAACACGAUUGGACCGAUAUUAUCCUUUUACCUCCCAGUGCUCAUAAUGUUGUGUAUCUACCUGAAGAUUUUCCUGGUUGCACAGAAACAAGCACGGAGCCUCCAGAGCACAACAAAGUCUGCAGCAGCCGUUAGUAAGAUGGAGAGAAAGUCCACCAAAACUCUGGCUAUUGUUCUGGGAGUUUUUCUUCUGUGCUGGACUCCUUUCUUUCUUUGUAUCACCUUUCUGCCUUCUAAUGAUGAUUCAGUUCCAGUUCCUGUGAUGGAAAUGCUGAACUGGCUCACGCUGAUUAAUUCAAUGCUGAAUCCCUUCAUUUAUGCUUUCUUUUACAGCUGGUUCAGAUCAGCCUUCAGAAUGAUCGUUUUUGGGAAAAUAUUCCAAGGUGAUUUUACUAACACAAAAUUGUAG